AUGAAGCCAUCUUCAAUCCUCGCCCUCGCUCCUUUCCUGGGUGUCGCCUGUGCCCGGCCUACUGAGAACAAGCCACCUCGCUUUGAUGUGGUGGCCGUGAGCGAAGGGCCUGUUCAGUACUAUGCGCUCGCCCAAUCAUCGUCCUUCUUUUAUCUGGGCCAAGGCGAUGGAAACACAGACUCAUUCUGUCCCCCCAAGAUUGAGAAAGCUGGUCGAUGUCCACCAGGCAAGGACACCGUCCUCAAGGAUGCCCAUACACUGGACACCGUUGUGCCCGGACAGAUCAUCUACGUCGAUUCCAACUACGCAGUCAGAGCCACUGGUCCCAACUCGGGCGCUGACGAUGAGGACAAAGACGAUAUCGAUGUGUCCACUAGCGAUGGCUUCAAACACAUCCCCGGCGACCAAAGCGGCCAGUGGGAUUACCAGGCAGAUGGUGUUGAUGGUUUCCUAGCCUGUCCUUACAACAAUGGCAUCUAUCAAGUCUAUGUCAACAGCGCGGAUGCAAAGCCACCCCGUGGACAGAAGCUUGACACCUGCGUCCCAUUCACUGCUGGCACUGUUGAAUACAAGCUGCCUGCCAACGCUACUGCUGCUGCCUGGCAGUACUAG